AUGACUCCUCUGAAGGCUUUAAGUAGAAGUGUCUUACGUUUUGUUGCAAUUUUUCGUUUCCGGUUUUUUAUUCCGCUUGACACACUGCAUCAAAAAUACCUGAUAACUAUCAAAUUUCAGUCAACGAUCUAUAUUGAAAUACUCGGCUUUGCAGCAUUGUUAACAGAGGCAGUGCUAGGAUUACCGCAACUGUUCAGAAACUGUAAACGACGCUCAACCAAAGGCAUGAGCCUUAAAAUGGUGUUGGCGUGGUUUGUUGGUGAUUGCGCUAAGUUUUUAUAUUUCGUAGCGCUCGAACAACCGGCUCAAUUCUGGUGCUGUGCAAUUCUUCAGAUUUGUAAUAGCAAUAAUGGUAGCAACAAGAGAAGAAAAAAGGAAGAUAAAAAGGAGGUAGGUAGCAAAAAGGAAAAAGUGAUGGAACAAUAAUC